AUGGAAAACCAGCAAUUUGUGUGCUUCGAAAACGACACAUCCGACGACGGAUUCGGCUCAACGAACGAAAACUCCUCGAUGGUAAGCAACAUGUACUACAGCAGCGACGAGAGACGAUCCCUCAAGAGCCUUCCCUUCGGCGAAAACCAAAAUUCCGAAAAUAUCCUCGGAAAUGGCGCCAAAAAACGCACCAAAGACGGCAAUUCCGGGCGAACCAAAACCCCAAUUGCUGAAACUGUGGCCCGUAGAAAUGCCCGCGAACGAAAUCGCGUGAAACAAGUGAACAACGGAUUUUCCGCCUUGCGUCAACAUAUCCCCGAAUCCAUUGCCAAGUGCUUCGAAGAAGUUUCCACGAAAAAUUCCGCCAAAAAAUUGAGUAAAGUUGAGACUUUGAGGAUGGCAGUCGAAUAUAUUCGUCAAUUGGAAUCAAUGUUAGGUACAAAUUCGACAUCCAACGAGUCAAAUACAGCAAUUCCAGCACCAGAAACGCCUCCGCCCGAGUCAUCGAACAGUAGCAACUCCCAAUCCGGCUUUUACGAGAUCAAACCGACCUUCAAAGGCACCGACACGGAAAUUGCCAUCAUCAAUGGACAGCAAUACGUUCGAAUUCCGGGCACAAAUACCUUUCAGCUUAUCUCGUUGCAGCAACAAACGCCUACUUUGGUCGCGGAAAUGCCGGAAACGAAACCCGAUUUGGCUGUUUUGAACGACUUGUGUAUGGUGCAAAAUUUUAAUUCCUCCUCGAUGGACAGCGAAAUGUUCUUUUCGUCGGAAAUUUGCAUGGAAGCGAUCCAACAGCAGCAGAUUCCGAUGCCCAAUAUAAAGGAGGAACCGGAAUUCAUCUGAAAAAAAUAAAAUUUUAU